AUGGAGUCUGGAGCGGUUCAGUGUGUCUGUCAGCUGCGGGUGUGGCGCAUCAGCCCGACGGCCAAGAUUGGCGUGUCACAGUCUUUCUACACAGUACGUUAUUUCAGUCAUGUGUUACGGCCUCCAGCCCCAGCACCGCUGUAUAAGCAUGGCAAGCUUGGCCACGCCCAACACGACAACGCCGCUGUGUGCUCGCUCGCACGUGGUUUUGCUCCCCGAGAUGAGGACAGCGUCGGCGUGGCAGCUGCUCCUGCCGGCUGCUGCAUCGGCGGCACGGCCGGCGAGGGGUGGCGGUGCAGGUUCCCGGCCGUGUUCAACUUGGGCGACUCCAACUCCGACACGGGCGGCUUCUGGGCCGCCUUCCCGGCGCAGCCGCCCCCGUUCGGCGUCACCUACUUCGGCCGCCUCGUCAUCGACUUCAUAACUCAGGCCAUGGGGCUGCCGCUGCUGAGCCCCUACCUGCAGUCCGUCGGCUCCGACUUCGCCACCCUCGCCUCGACGGCGCUGCCGCCCAACACGUCGCCCUUCUCCCUCGCCAUCCAGCUCCGGCAGAUGAAGGAGCUCAGCAGCAGAGCCAUCGCCUCCGAUGACGCCAGUGGCCAGCUUCCCCCGCCCGGUGUUCUCCGCGAUUCUCUCUACACGAUCGACAUCGGCCAGAAUGAUUUCACCUCCAACCUGGCGUCCCAGGGCAUCGAGCGUAUCAAGCGAACGCUUCCUUCGAGCGUGUCAAGCAACAUCGCAAGUGCGACGGCCUGCGGAGACCCGCAGAACUACGUGAGCUGGGAUGGAAUUCAUGCCACCGAAGCUGCAAACAAUAUCAUAGCGUCUGCGGUGAUGAGUGGCGCCUUCUCAUAUCCACCUUCCGGUCUUUCAAAACUUUGCCAGCCAUGACCCCAUAGCCUGAUCACAGCAUAAGUUUACUCAGAGAUACUGCUUGCUCAAACCAAGUUAUCCCGCUGUCAGAUAACAGCGCAAGUUCAGUCAGACACCAAAUUACUCAUUCUGUCAGUUAAAAGAUGUGUAGGAUGAUACAGAAAAUAAGAGCGUCAUAGUAAGUGUGUCCUGUUAUAGACUUGUUUCUGCUAUAAUGCACCACUACUUGUAGUACUGAAAGAUU